AUGGAUACCAACUUGAAUACAAUUUUGUCAGACGAAAUCAGCACCCUCUUCCACGAUUUGCUUGAUUCCGGUGCAUCAUCUCGGAAAAUAAAACAAUUUACAAAAUAUAUUCAGUCUGCUAUUCCUGACAUUGUAAAUUUUAAAAUCUUUUUAAAAAACAAUAAACCAACUGCCGAAUUUAUCACGCUCUUGGGCUUCUGUUACGAAAAUGGGAUUAAAGUCCAGAUGAACAAAGAAUAUGCUUUUGAAUGCUAUGAGAUUGCAGCGAAAAGAAACGACCAUUAUGCACAGUGUUUACUCGGAGAAUGUUAUAAAUACGGAAAAGGAACCCGGCGAAAUCAUUCUUUGGCAUUUUACUGGUUCCUCCAAUCAGCCAACAAUAACAAUAUCGACGCGCAAAAUAAGUUAGCAGACUGUUAUAUGAAUGCCAAAGCUUUCCAAUUUUUUUUUGAGUCUGCUAUUCAAGGUCACUCUGGAGCUCAGAAUAGCCUUGGGUUUUGCUACUUUGAAGGACGUGGGACGAUAAAAGAUGAAAAUAAGGCUUUUAUAUGGUUCCGUGAAUCGGCCAAUUCUGGAUUUUGUGAUGCUUAUUCUGGAUUUGGUUACUGUUUUGAGAAAGGGAUUGGAACUUCAACUUCUAUUCAUCACGCUUUGAGAACUUAUUACCUUGGAGUCAAGAAGGGUGUUUAUGCUUGUAAAAUGGAUAUGUUUGAAGUAUUUCGUAUCGUUUGA